AUGAGAUUAGAGACUGUUCGCAACGCUGCGGGGCGAUGCGGUAAAGCUGAGUCACACAAGCGCGGAGAGCACUUCUCUGUCAAUCCCCGGAUCAGACUCUACACUGAUGGCCAUGAGGCGAUAGCGCAUAUCCCAGGCGGUCAGAACUUGAACAUUGCCGACUUUUCAGCUUUAACGUUCUCAUGGGCCGGCAGUACGUCGUGUGUCGAGAACCGAGGCCCAGAAAAUCAUGCACCACAGCUCGAUGGACCAGGCGCCCAAGCCUCUGCAUUUGGCGGACCACAGUCAAUCCACGACAAGCCAGCCUUCCGCGUGGCAACCUGGACAUCGGAAGUGUGCUCUGACCUCAUGCUACGUUCUUUGAUGGCAAAAUGCGCAUUAGAACUGUCUGUCGUCCUCAAAAGAGAGAUGGUUCAUUCCGACGCAGCCACUCUGAGCGGGUCUAAAUAUAGCAGCGUCAAGAUCGAAUCUAAACCGUGUCGAACGACGGUGGCAAGCGUCUUGUCGAGCGACCACUGGGUAUGGGUCAACUCGACAGCCUCCAAGCCCUUGACAUUCUUGCCUACCCUUUCCUCUGCUACAACGCUGUCGUUUCGAUUUCAGCAAUUGAUCCUUUCCAAUAUCGUGGAGGAUAGAGACACCAGGACUACCAGAAAUUAA